CAAUCAUCGUCUUGUUGAAAGUUUGAAACGUUUCCGGAUAUGGAGGUUUUGAAGAUGGCGAAUUCUAGGGUUUCUCUGCUUCGCCAUAGUUUGAACUCCUUUUUUCCACCUUCUGCUACCUCUACAUUUUCUCUCUCUAUCUUACCUACCCGUAGAUUCAUCGUCUCCGCUUCCAUUUCUUCAAAAGAAGCAUUUGUUGAUUCGCUGUCAUCGCAACAAGCUGCAACUCCGUUCGCCGAUUCUGAAAACCCUAAAUUGAGCAAUCGAUGGAAACCAAUGUGUUUGUAUUACACCCAAGACAAAUGCACAAUGAUGCAAGAUUCGAGUCACUUACAGAAAUUCAAUCAUAGUUUCUAUUUGGAAAAUGAACUAAACACCACUGAGUACAAGAACAAGCACUCUGAGCAUUUUGAUUUCUUCCUUGUGCUUGAUUUAGAGGGAAAAGUUGAGAUUCUUGAGUUUCCUGUUCUAAUGAUUGAUGCCAAAACCAUGAAUGUCGUAGCAUUCUUUCACAGAUUUGUCAGGCCUUCAGAAAUGAGUGAAGAAAGAAUCAACGAAUACAUUGAAGGAAAGUAUGGAAAACUAGGAGUUGACAGGGUUUGGCAUGAUACAGCUAUUCCAUUUACAGACGUUAUAGAACAAUUUGAAGAAUGGAUGACAAAACAUAACUUGUGCUCCAAUGAUCUUUGUGGGCCCCUUCCUCGAGCUGCUUUUGUAACAUGUGGGAAUUGGGACAUAAAGACUAAAAUACCCCAACAAUGCAAAGUGUCGAAAAUGAAGCUACCUUCAUACUUCAUGGAAUGGAUCAACUUGAAGGACAUAUAUCUCAACUUUUAUAAGAGGAGGGCGGCUGGAAUGCGUACAAUGAUGAACGAGUUGAACAUAUCGUUGUUAGGGAGUCACCAUCUUGGCAUUGAUGACUCGAAGAACAUAGCAAGAGUGUUGCAACGCAUGCUUACGGAUGGUGCAAUUUUGAAAAUCACUGCAAAGAGAAAUCCACAAGUUCAUGAAAAAGUUGAAUUCCUCUUUGAAAAUCGUAUCAAAUAAGUGUCCUGUUUCGUCCAUUUUGUCACGCAUGACAUGAUAUGACAUACCAUAAUGUGUUGUAUUGUUUGUCAUAAUUCAUUAGACUGAGAUUGAUGUGAUGUGAUUUAUUGAUGUCAUAGCCAAAAGGUGAAACGGAGUGAGAUAGACUCGCGCUUAAUCUAUCGUUUGUGUAAACGAUCAUCAACAUCGAAAAUAGUCCUAGAAAGUUUGUCCUCAUUACUGGAGUAUUGUUUGUUAGAUAGUUAGACAAUGAUUUUAUUCGAAAGUAAGGAAGCGUGAGACAACAUUAGUGGUCUAGUGUUUUGAAGUGAUUG